CUGUUUCUGUAGCUAUGUUUGUUGUUUACUGAUGUUACAUAGUCGAACAAGGCUUUCAUUACAAGAUUUACUAUUCGUUUAAUCACCUACUGAAUUAUUUUUAUUCGCCAACCACACUUCGUUUCUUAUCUAAUCCAGCAUGAGUAUUACGACAUCUAGCGGUAAAGAAAUCUCCAAACGCCAGCUGUUUUUUCAACGUACAGACAGAUUUGAGGAGAAAGGAAAUUUAGUUUAGAAAAUACAAUGGUUGCUAGUGUGAUCUGUGGCUUGACACGUCAUGUGGUGACCAGGACAGCACCAAAAAUUCCAGUUCAGUCAUUAGCUGGAGUAGUAUCCAGUAGAAAAUUUUCUGAAAAAGCAAGAUAUACUAUGUCAUAUGAAACUCUUGAUGUCACUUCCCCACAUGAACGUAUUCUCCAUGUCCAAAUGAACCGACCUGACAAGUUGAAUGCCAUGAACAAAGUGUUUUGGAGGGAAAUCCUGGAUUGUUUUAGAGAAAUCUCUGAUGACACAGACAUUAGGGUUGUAAUAUUGUCUGGAGCAGGACGAAUGUUUUCAGCAGGACUGGACAUAGGUGAUAUGGCUGACUUGAUUACAUCACAAGUUUCAAAGAAGUCUGAUGUAGCCAGAAGGGCAAAGUACUUACAGUCCCUAAUUGCUAUCUACCAGGAGUCUUUCAAUGCUCUGGAAAAAUGCCAAAAGCCUGUGAUUGCAGCCGUUCAUGGUGGAUGUAUUGGAGGUGGCGUUGACCUUAUUGCAGCUUGUGAUAUCCGGUACUGUACUCAAGAUGCAUGGUUCCAAGUGAAGGAAGUUGACUUAGGGUUUGCUCCAGAUUUAGGUACACUACAAAGAAUUCCAAAAACUGUUGGAAACAACAGUAUGGUGCGAGAGAUGAUUUACACAGCAAGAAAGGUGGAAGCUGGUGAAGCUAAAGGAAUGGGAUUUGUAAGCCAGGUUUUCCCUAACAAAGAAGUCAUGAUGUCUGAAGUUGACAAAUUGGCAGAGUCUAUUGCUUCUAAAAGUCCAGUAGCUGUUCAGGGUUGUAAAGUGGCCCUGAACUAUUCACGUGAUCAUACCAUCAGUGAAGGAUUGAAGUUUAUGCAAUGCUGGAAUAUGACGAUGCUUCAAAGUGAGGAUGUCAUAAAAGGUUCAGAAGCUGUUGCCAAGAAAGCCGAGAAGCCACCACAUUUCUCCAAACUGUGAUAACAGUUGUCAUGUAUUUUGUAAGGAAGGUUUAUAGUCUUUUAUGCCAUUGCUGGUUUUUAGAUAAAACACUUACUCCAUAUUUUAAAAUUUAUGUUUAAGAACAAUAUUACAAUAAACCUGUCAUAAUAAACUUACUUAAAUUUUUAUACACAAUGAAGUUUUUUUUUUAUAAUGCAUUUGGUAACUCAAUACCGGUUAGUUUAUGGUAUAGGUUUGAAGGCUCAUAAUUUUUAUUAGUAUGAUCCAACUUAUUAUAGCCGUCAUUGGGAUUUCUCUUUAAUAUAAUGGAUAACAAAAAUAAAAAACUAUUAUAUGAGAAUCUGUAUAAAGUAUAUUAUUUGCUAAAUAUAAACUGUUUAGAACCAUGGCUAGUAUUUCUCAAUUUUUGCUUAGAUUGGUUCUGUCUUAAAAGCUUUGUAAUAUUUUAAUGGCAGGUAAUCUGUUUUCUUGUGUAUUUUAUUGGUAGUUAUGAAGAUUUGGUAUAAGCAUUACUUGUUAAAUAUGAAGCAACCAACAAUAAAAUAAUGUUUUGGAACUUG